AUGGGCUUCAGAAACAUUCAAGCCUUUAACCUUGCCUUGUUAGCUAAGCAAGGUUGGAGAAUUCUCACAAACCCCGACUCCCUAGUGGCCCGAGUUUUCAAAGCAAAAUACUUUCCUUUUGAUGAUGUCCUCAAUUCCAAAAAAGGGAGUAACCCCUCAUAUGCUUGGCGAAGCAUCCACAAUAGUCUUGAGGUUAUUAAAAGGGGCACAAGAUGGAGGGUAGGCAAUGGCCGGCGAAUCCAUAUUUGGGAUGAUAGAUGGUUGCCAACACCAUCAACCCACAAGGUGAUUUCCCCCCAAGCUGGCUAUGGAGACUUUCCUUGGGUGUCUUCCCUCAUAGACAUUGACACUAGAUGGUGGAAGAUUGAUGUAAUUCAUGCUACUUUUCUACCCCAUGAAGCCAGCACCAUCCUUAAAAUCCCAUUAUACUAUAAUUUGCCCGAAGAUUGUUUUAUUUGGAUAGGCAACAAGAGGGGUGAGUUUACAGUUAAAAGUGCAUAUCAUAUAGCUUCAGGUAUUGUGGAUUCAAUGGAGGAAGGUGAAAGCACCUCAAGCAACUCAUGGACCCUUUUAUGGAAGCGGAUAUGGCAGCAAAAGGUCCCUCCGAAGAUCAAAAUUUUUGCUUGGAGGUCUUGUGUCAAUGGUCUUCCAACUAUGAAAAAUCUAAACCACAGAGGUGUUCAUUGCUCUAGCUUCUACCCUCUAUGUGACAAAGCCAUUGAGACCACAGCCCAUGCACUUCUUCAUUGCGAUCAUGCAAAAAUGACUUGGGCAUUUUGGUACAAUUGUCCUGUGGACCUCUCUUCCUCUUAUGGUGACUUGGUGGAUAUUGCCUUAGAUUUUAUUGCAAAAGGCUCCCCGAAUGAUUUAGAGCUUUUCUUUGCCGUUGCUUGGUCUAUUUGGUGGAAUCACAAUCAAGCAAUCCAUGAGGACUCGGGUUCCCCUCCAAUUCAUGCUUAG